GCAGACGGGCCUCCCACUUCCAGGCGUGCCCAGCCAGCAGCUCCUUGUCGAGGCCUUGCAAGACCCACAAAGGGCUUACGGCGCACCUGCGGCUGGCAUGAACCUCCAGGAAGUGGGCGAGCCAACAGGUGAGCGUUAUGGCAUUGCUUCUUGUCCUGAACUUCACUUCUACUGCUUGGAAGAAGAAGAAAACAAAACAAGUGAAAUAAAAUAAACGAAAUGUCUCUUCUGGGCACAAGGACAAAGGAUCACUCCGAAAUUUGGGAUGCUUCCAACAUCAGCAACCACAUUGCUUCCUCCUCCUUCUUUCUCCUGGGGCUGCCCGGACUGGAGAAGAUACAGGUCUGGCUCUCCAUCCCCUUCUGCUUCAUCUAUGCCACAGCACUCUUGGGCAACGCCACCCUCCUGUGGGUCAUCUGGACAGAGCCCAGCCUGCACAAGCCCAUGUACCUCUUCCUCUCCAUGCUGGCCUUAACUGACAUGGCCUUGCCCACUUGCAUCCUUCCCAAGAUGCUGGCCAUCUUCUGGGUGGGUUCCCAAGGGAUCACUUUUGCUGCCUGCCUGGUGCAGAUGUUCAUGAUCCAUGCCCUCUGUGCAGUAGAGUCUGGGACGCUGACGGCCAUGGCCUACGACCGAUACGUGGCCGUCUGCUUCCCACUCAGCUACAGCUCACUGCUGACUGCAAACACCGUGAUCAAGCUGGGAGCUAUUAUUGCUGCCCGGGCCCUUGUCAUAGUCCUCCCUUUCCCUUUCCUGGUGAAGAGGCUGCCAUUUUGCCACUCUCACCUCAUCUCCCACUCCUACUGUGAGCACAUGGCAGUGGUCAAACUGGCCUGUGGGGACACCACACCCAACAACCUCUAUGGGCUGAUUCUAUCCCUUGUCAUAGUUGGUGCUGACCUGAGCUUCAUCUUCAUCUCCUACGGGCUGAUCCUCCAUGCUGUAUUUCGGCUACCCUCUCUGGAGGCACGGCACAAGGCCCUGGGCACCUGCGGGGCCCAUGUGGGGGUCAUUGUCAUUCUUUACACACCUGGCCUGUUCUCCUUCCUCACCCACCGCUUUGGACACAGUGUGCCCCACCACGUCCACAUCUUCCUGGCCAACAUCUAUUUGAUGGUCCCAGCUAUGCUCAACCCCAUUGUCUAUGGGGCCAAGACCAAGCAGAUCCGUGGCAGGGUGCUGAGGGCCCUGCGUCUUGGAAAGAGCUUCUCCUAGGCCCCUACGUGGGAAAUGCAGGCACGUGGCCCUCAUGAACGUCCCCCUCUACUUUCAUCUUUGCCUGACGUUCUUCUGAGUGUUAUGAGGGGCAUUGCUGGUGGCCACAAGGCCAAUCUUUGUGGCGCCGUCUCAACCCCCCCCCCCAAAGAG